GCAAAGUUGGUCCUAUGCCUGCUGUUAGCCCCACAAGCGCAACCAGGCUAUUAUCUCGUCCUUCAAUGGAGCCUACGGGGCGACAACAUCAAUGCGACGCAACACGCAGUCAGCACGUGCAAAUCUGUGCAGAGACAAACAUUGUCCGCCCCUCUGCCCAAUCCGCGUUUAUUAGAAAGCGGCGCGGUCACGUGCGCAGUCUCGAUGCCCAACAUACGCGCCGCAUUGUAGUAAAGGGUCACCAAAACCCAAAAGAUGCUUUCAGCCGUUGAACCUUAUCGCGAAGUCUGUGCUGUAAUCUCCAAACGCCUCGUCGUGUUCAGAUCAAACCAGUGAAACAAACAUAAAGUGAUCGGACAGUCAUGGCGACGGAAACGGGAUCUUCGACACCCGUCGCUUCUUCGUCGGGUCUGAGUGCAGCCACGUCGCCGACCACGUUCGCACCGUCGCACGAAAUUCAGGAAGACGCGGAGGAAGAAGUUGCAGAGGACAGCCCUGGCUCGUCGGGUCGUCAGCUUCACCAACAGCGGCACCCGACGCAACAUUUUAAAACGAAGCAAGACCAACAGCAAGGCAGAUCGGACAGCUUCGGACGUCCCGAGAGGCCGUCGUCCCGGUCCGAUCCCCAGAGACCGCUGAGCAGCGCGGAACAGCGCAUCGCGGCGGCCAUCCGACAGCACUACUACCCGGAGGGCGGCUGGGGAUGGGUGGUGUGCGUCUGCGUGUGCCUCGUCAACGCCCUCAGCUGGGGCAUGCAGCUCAACUACGGAGUCAUGCACGCCGCGGCCGUCCAGCAGUUCGGCGAGGAGCACGAGUCCGAAGCAGCGUGGCUGGGCUCUGCGUCCCUAGCCUCGUCACUGUUCAUGUCGCCUAUGGUGGUGGCCUGGUGUCGACGCAAGAGCAUUCGCGUCACGGCCGUAGUCGGAGGCCUGGUGGCGGCGCUGGGCUGCCUCUUCUCAUCGUUCGCGUCGCAGUUGCACCAAGGCCUGUUCAGCCAGGGCCUGGUGCUAGGCCUAGGCCUGGGCAUGGCGCGGGACGCCGGGAGCCUGGUGCUUGGACAGUACUUCAAGCGACGCCGCCACUGCGCCGAGGUGGUCGCCUGCGCAGGCACAGGACUCGGUGCAGCGGUCAUGGCAGCUUUCCUCCAUUCGGCGCUCGGUUCCCUGGGCUGGCGAUACGGUCUGCAGGCAGCGACGGGCCUGGUGUCUCUGAACUUCGUGCUGGGUGCCUUCUACCGGUCGGCGUCCCUGUACCACCCGCACCGGCGCGCCAUCGUGCACUUGAAGAACCAGCGGCGCAAGAUCAAGGAGAAGCAGCCGUGCGCGGUGAAGCCACCCUUCUUCGACUUCUCCGUGCUUCGCACCCGAACAGUCAGGGUCGUCAUGGUGACCGCCGCUCUUGCCGCGGCUGGACUGUACACGCCUUUCUUCUGUCUCGUUCCUCUAAGCACAGCCGAGGGCAUACAAGGAACGUGGACAUUGCAGGCCCUACUCGGUCUCGCCUCCGCGGGUGGCGCUGGUGUAGCUGGACUACUGCUGGUGCGGCAUCCGACGCAGUGCGUGCUCAGCCGGCGCUGCCUGUGCCAACUGUCGUUGCUGGGAGCCAGCCUUGCGAUGCUGUCCCUCGGAGCACUGAACGGCUUCGGCGGCUACGCGCUGUUUGCUGCCGUGUACGGAGCCAGCGCCGGCGGAGUGGCGUACGCGCUGCGGAUGCUCGUCUUUGAGCGGCUGAGGGCCAGGCACUUCGGUCGUGCGUGGGGUUUCGUCCAAUGGGCCCAGUGCCUGCCGGUGCUCGUAGGAGUGCCCGUCACCGGUUACAUCAACAAGUCGAGGCAAGAUCCGAAGGCGGGCUUCUAUUUCUCGGCAGCGUGCACUUUCGCGGGCGCCACGAGUCUCUUCUUUCUCCCGGACGGCCGGAGAGAGUCGAUUCGCUGCGUCCACGCUCCUCAACAACACAAGCUGCCGCCCUACCACAAUCACAACCACUCGCACGACAACCCUUGCGGCGAGUGCCAGUGUCCGCAGCACCACCGACACCCGAGCACCGGCGACAGCCCGAACAAGGGCAGCUACGAACGCGCGGACAGCACCGACGCCGACGCCGUGGUCGUCAGGACGCCCUGCGCCUGCAGCCGCAGGUCCCUGUUGUCGUACCAGAGGAGCACGUCGUGGUCCACGUCCCUGGAGUACCUGGACCAGCCGCACGGUCUGGGCGGCGGGUUUGCGCCGGACGCAGACUGCCUGGACGAUGAGCUGGCCGAGAUCGUGCAACAACGGCCAGAACUAUUGCAUUGCAUCGCUGACGAGAGGGUCGUGGUAGACGUUGGUUCUCGCUGCGCGAAGUGCGGUGGUAUGGCGGCCGGACCACUGUGCGAGUGCGCGCCCGCGUCGUCGAGAGACAGAGCCGUGGUCUCGCCCAAGAAGGCACACGCCUCACGAUGCAUCCACGAACCAUUGGUGUUCCGCUCAACCAUGGCUCCCAUUGAAGAAGUGACCAGCACCGUUUGAUCUAAUCACGUAGAAGGCGUGGCAUCAGUGAUUUAUUGCCGCGUGGGCCCAAACGGCGGCUAAUUUGUGUGAUGUGAUUAAUUCCGUGCAGCCUGUGAGCUCGAGACAUACAGUCGGUGUUAAAAGUUAGCGGGAUGUAGGUUCCUAAUUUCAGCUUAGUGUUGGGCUCCCAGUUGGUAAGAAAGUUCGGAAGUCUGUUCUUAGCGUAUACUAGCACGCAUGCCCGGAAAUGCGUUGGUCCCUGGUUCGAUCAACGAAAAAGAACGUUUUUAUUCAACUGCGAAAAUUUAAUUCUGUAAGACACAUACAGGGUUUUCUUUGUAGCUUUGUGCUACAGUACGGUGGAUGAAAAUGAUUCAUUUCAUGAACCGUCGUCCACCUUUCGGCAUGUGUUAGUGUUAAGUUUUCAGAUCUGCUACCUGCAAUAGCUUCAAAUGUGAUUUGAAACAAGUACAGGCAGCAAACAUGAAUGCUGGCCGCAUGCCCACGCUCAUACAAUGUCCAACAGUUUGCCAAAUCGCACACCCCAUAGAACCUUGGCACCGGCUGUAUAGGCAGAGAAGAUAAUGCACAGCACCGUCGGCGUUGCCUGCGUAUUCUGUGUAUCACGUGUUGUGUCGAUUUAAGCCUGUCUUUGGCCUCUUUUUCUACUGAAAGCGAAUUUCUACGGCGCUGUUCGCCUGAGGUGUAAGUCCAUUUUUUCGUCGUUAAGAGUUAGCUUUAAUGAAUCGCGCUCCCGAAGUGGUAGAACUGUAAUUCCCAACCGGCCUAUGUUCGCACCUGAAAGCCCACUUGUGUCGUUACGUGCCGAUCGCCGUUCAAGACUGGAUGACUAUACCGAGGAUUUUUUGAGGUCCGAUGUGCGGAUCCCAGUGGUCCCUGCUGUUGUGUACUUUCCUCACAUCCAGGUAUGUUGUGAAUGCACUUUACACAGAAUCACUUGUAUCGCCAUUUUGACGGAUUUUUACGCGUACAUUAUGGUCAACGCCACACGCAUCUUUGGCUGUGAGCGACGUACAAAUAUUUAAAAAUAAUAUAUACGUCUUAAUACCUGCUAUUUUCUUUCGCGUACAGGGUUUCUAAUCUUCCACUGCGAGAUAAGCGGGUUAUCGUACAGACAGAAUACACAAAGAUGAACACAGUGAGGGACAAAUGAACAAACGCACAUUAUCCUCACCGCAGCAGUAUGUUGAAAACGCAUGACGCUGGGGGAAAGGGGCAGUUAGUUUAGCCGUUUUCUUCGUAUUACCAUAAUUAAUGCAACUUAUGUAAUUGUAAUACUGGUGCGCCGACAGAAAACACAAACGAACACGCGCGCACGCUUGCAUACGCACGCACUCAUGCAGAAUGGCAAGCACACGCGUGCAUUGAAAAGUGAACGCUAGUGCCAUAACGUCGCUUUCACUCGACACGCGCUCGUGUGUUGAAAACCUGAUACGGCACUGUUUGACGCUCUUUUACAAUACGCGUGAAAGUGCACUCUCAGUGGUGUCUUUGUUCCUGCACUGUGUAUUUGUGAUGUCGUAAAUGUGUGAACGCCCACCGAUUUCGUCAAUAAGAGACGCGAAUAAAAGCACAAGCCGGAUGUUGAUGUGGACGAUUAGAACAAUAAAGAUGCUUACUGCUCAAAGUAACAUUGUACGUGGAAUAAAAUGGACACUGUGUAUCG